UAACGUUUUUUGUUGUUUACCGUUUAAUGGUUAAGCCUUUAAAGACAAUCAAAUUCAGUCAAUUUCAAGUAAAUUCCUGCUAAACAUUCAGUAAUCAACUAACAAGAUGAGGGAUUUUGGUAAGAUUAAGGAUUGGCUUUGUUAAGGUAAAUAAACGCAAGGAUUUUCAAUGGGAAUUAAAUUGUAGAUCAGAUUGGUGAUAAUUUGUCAACAGUUUACUGACUUUGGUAAUUGUUAAAUUUACUCCAACUUGUUAGCCAGUUAUUGCUAUUUUUUACAUUCAAUGGUAGCUGAGUUAAUGAUAAUCUGUAAGCUACAGUUAAUUCCUGAUUUGAUUUCUAGAACAAUUUCUAGGUUUGACUGGUUGAUGACAAGAAAAGGUUGAAGAUAAGGUAAAGAGAGCAGAGAAAAUGAGAGAAAAAAGAAAAGAAGAAGAAGAUUGUAAUUAACUGUAAUUUGUUUUACUUUCAUUUAUUACCAUCAAACAUUAUAACUUGUCACUGUAACUUUUAUUGUACUGUUUACUUUUAGCUAGCCAUUUGUACCUUCAAUCCUUUAACCAUUGAUUCCCUUUUCAAUUUUUAACCAACUUUUUGGUUCCUACAUUAAUCAUGGUGUCUUUUUUUCCCAUCCAAUUGUCUUCACCAGAUAUUACAGUUUACAUAAUAAAUUGGUUAACCUUUGUCUAACCAAUGAAAAUCAAUUGACAACUUGACUCACUUUCAAUUUUGCCGUUUCAAUAUUCUUUUCUCUUUCCCACAAAUUCAACUUGUUUGUCAUAAUAAACUAUGACCCAUGUUUGAUUCACUUAAAUCUGGUGCUGUUUCAAAAAACAAAACAUCUCCUAGUGUCUUUGUUCAGCAAAUGGCCAAAAAUGGUUCAUAUCAACAGCAACAACAAUCUAAGCAAAAACAAUUUACUCGACAACAAUCUAGUCUUCAACAGUUUAACCAACAACCACCAAAACAUCAUCUGGAAACAAAUGUAGAUAUUCACGACACCAAUGAUAUACGCUACUCUAGAUCAAAUACUCAGGUUCAAUUACAGCGAUUAUCUCUUAGUGCCUCAUUAAUUGAUAUUUAUUUUGGUCGCCAUUACCGUUCACCGGAUGUUCUUGUGGUGGCAGGAUUAACAAUGAUUCUAAUCGGAUUAGGUGCCAUUUUGAUUGGUGUUUAUGUUUAUUUCAAUGAGGAUGAGUUUCAGGAGAUGACUUUUCUGGUUGGAUUUGCAAUGGCUGGUAUUGGUUUUAUUUGCUGUUCUUGUCGCAUAAUAUUAUUUGGUCCACCUUUAUUUAAUUGUUGUUUACCCAUUAAAACAGUCAAUUAUAAUCGUGAACGUCGACCAACUAAUCCACCUUUCUUUACUGCAGCAAGUUCAGCUAUGUCAACAGUAACUUGUAUUGGUGUUAGAUUUAAUUCGGGUCGCUCAUUAUCAGGAGUUUCUCAUGUUAUCCAUAUUAACAAGGACUUGGAUGGAGUGAAUAAAAGAACGGAACAUUGUGAAGACAAUCAUCUGAAAGAAAUAAUUGUAACACAUGGACAAAGUUUGGAACCGAUUGAAACAAUCAGACAGGGAACUGAUGGAUAUCCACCCAAUCAUAUUAGACCCGUCAACCCAACAGUUAUACAAUAUAUUUCCAAAUUAGGAAGUAAAACUUGAUUGCUCACUAGCUAUUUCCUUUUGUGAAUCAAAUUAACAUUUCCCUUUGAAAACCAUGUUUACCAAUGAAGCUGGAUAUCACAACCAAACGAGGCAACAUGAUUUUUUAUCAUUGAUUAGAUGAUAGAAUGACUUUGGUUUUCCUUUACAAACCUUGCACACAGCAAGCGUAAAUCAAUGAAUUGCUACUGAAUAGGAGUUGGCUGGAUACUCACAAGACUAGAAAUCGCAUCAUAAAGUUAGCGAAUGCUGCAUAUUUUCACUGUUUCGGGCUUGAAAAGAACGGUUUUGAGAUUGAUUGAGGCCAAAAAGUUCAUGAAAAAAUCUUUGUUGAAAGAUAUUUAAACAUAACAUGCUAAUCAUUGAAUGUUAGCUAUUAAUAAAAUUGCAACAAAAUGAA